CAAACAUUCCUCUUUCCCCAUCUACAAGAACAAACAAAAUCAUAUCUACAUAUAAACCGAGUCAGUUGUUCAAUUGAAGCGCAAAUCAAAGCAUGGAUAUCAGACUAAUGGGAUUUGAUCCAAUUCUCAACGCAUUCCAUCACAUUCUGGAUGAAGACAAUCAAGACAACAAAUCCACCCAGGCUCGCACUUACGCCCGUGAUGCGAAAGCCAUGGCUUCGACUCCAGCAGACGUGAAAGAGUACCCCAAUUCCUACGUGUUCGCGGUGGACAUGCCUGGUUUGAAGUCCGGGGAAAUUAAGGUGCAGGUGGAGGAAGACAAUGUGUUGGUCGUCAGCGGUGAGAGGAAGCGAGAAGAGGAAAAGGAAGGUGUCAAGUACGUCAGAAUGGAGAGGAGGGUCGGCAAGUUUAUGAGGAAAUUCAUAUUGCCUGAGAAUGCCAAUUUGGAGGCCAUCAAGGCGGUUUGCCAGGACGGUGUGCUGACGGUGACGGUGGACAAGUUGCCGCCUCCCGAGCCCAAGAAGCCCAAGACCAUUCAGGUCCAGAUUGCUUGAAUUCAGCUGCCUGUUUCCGGAUUGUUGAUCUAGAAUGUUCCUUGGUUUUGGAGUAGUUGUUGGAUGCAACUGGAGUGUGUGUGAGUUUGUUAUCAAGUUCUAAAUUAAUAAUGUUUCAAGUGGUGUUGCUU